UCACCACACCUCAACUUUUAACCGGAGCGGCUUCUAUAAGUGAACCGAACGAUGCAUCCGGAUACAUUUCUCUUCAGUCUGGACUGUAAACGGACAUAAAGGCUACACUACGGGGAGCAAGUUCUUAAAGAGGCUAUAAUCCAGCGAACAGCGCAACUGACGCAAACAUCUGCGUUCAUCUCCUACAAAACAUAAACCGCCGUCCAUGGACCCAACAUCUGGACACAUCUGCCCGAGCUAUCGUCUUUGUUUCGAGGAAGACACGUUUGGAGCCCUAAACUUAAGGCAUUCCCAGAGUGGAGACGCCGUGCACUGAACAGAACAAGUAGGAUGGCUGCAGACAACUUUUUAAGUACAGGUUUCUGACUCAUUUUUUGGAAGCAGAGACAUUUUCUUCCUAAUGAAAUCCAGCCAGUCUUGAGCAACAAUGGAACCAGAUAAUAACACAUGUCACAGGGAGCACCACAUCACAGGCACCGAGAGCCCGCUCAUCAGUGCCAUCAUGUUUGCCUUAGGAAUCUUUGGCAACGUGGCUGCCCUGGUGAUACUGGAAAUCCGGCGACGUAGAGACGCUAGGAUGAAAGAAACAAGGCGAAGUUCGCUGUUUCACGUCCUCAUCAGAUCGCUGGUGGUCACGGACCUGGCAGGGACCUGCCUGACCAGUCCGCUGGUGCAGCUGUCAUAUUCACGCAACAUUACCUUGGUAGGGAUGGCACCCGUCUCUCACGGCAUGUGUUCAUACUUUGGUGUCAGCAUAACCUUCUUCUGCCUGGCCACCAUGUCGCUUCUCUUCUCUAUGGCACUAGAGAGGUGCUUUGCCAUUGGGUACCCCUACCUGUACAGCCGGCACGUCACCAAGAAAUGUGCCUAUAUCUCAAUCCCGGUGGUGUUUGUGUUAUGUAUGUUAUUCUGUCUGCUCCCUUUUGCGGGAUUUGGUAAAUAUGUCCAAUACUGCCCUGGCACGUGGUGCUUCAUUGACAUGAACCCUCAACAAUCGGAGGACCAAGUCUACGCCAACCUGUACGCCACUCUGAUGCUAGUGCUGGUGCUGUCCAUAGUAGUGUGUAACGGGUUUGUGGUGUACCAGCUGUUCAGGAUGUACCAACGGCGGAGGAGGAACGGUGGCUCAAUGAUGGCGACCAAGAGAUCCAACAGCGAGCGCAGGGCGAUGUCCAUGGCUGAGGAGGUGGAGCAUCUCAUCCUGCUAGUCUUCAUGACCAUCAUCUUCAUCAUCUGCACAAUGCCUCUGGUGAUCCGGGUGUACAUCAACUCCAUUAAGGACCAGGAGUCUCACAAUGUGGACCUUAUUGUCUUGCGCUUCCUCUCCGUUAACUCCAUCAUCGACCCCUGGGUCUUUAUCCUGCUUUCCCCCAGCGUCCUGCACUUUUGCUGGGCUUCGGUUUGCCGGGCCCCCCUGGAAACCUCCAGGGGUUCCAUUUUUAAAUUAUCGAUUGCCAAGGGGAAUUCUCCGGCUAACCUCGAACUGUCUCGCCCACCCUUGGUAUACACCGAGAAUUUUCACUCUGUGGAAACUCUUUGACCAUUACAGUAGUUUAUUAUUUUAUAUUUAUUGUUCAUUGAAUUGGAAAGCAUGCACUCCUUAGUGAUACCAUGAAGCAGAGAGGUUUUGUGGGCCAUGACAUCCCUCUCAUGUGAGUAGGGUUUAUCGAUUUAUAUGAAUGUAUUUCCAUUAGAUCAUGGCCCUUUCUGUCUAAGUGACAAACAUUUUAACCAGUUCAAUCAGCUGGUGGCCACCUCUUGCCAUUUACUGGGUGUUUCCAGUCACUCUUAGCAUUUCAGCAUGUGGAAUGCAUACUGACUUCUCUACAGCGUCAUGGCUCCACAUAAACGCUGUGCAAGGGCAAGUAAAGUCUGUGUUCAGGCAAGUGGAAUACCUCAUGCAGCUGUCUGACUGGGUUAGAAAAAAAAUAAUGUAAUCUUGAGUGAGAGCUGCAGUUUAGCGAGCUAACCUGGUAGUGCAAAAAGGCCAAGUUUGAUUCAUACAGUUGUAUAACAAAUACACUUUUUGUUUUACAAUGAGAAAAUGGGUGUAAGAAGAAUUCUUUUUACAUUUUGUAAGAUUAUAGCCACAGUCGCUGGUCGAAAAAUUUACCAGCAAAGUCACAAGUUGAUACUUGUGUCAGUGUUCUUAUAUAAUUCCGGAUACUCUUAACGCUUUAAUACUUAAUAACCAUGUUAAUUAUCUCAAUGAUUCCUGUGAUAAAAGCAAAGGUUAAAAACACUGCACACAAUAGGUGAAAACGCUAGAGGCCCAGACGCCCCUGUUCCUCCAGUAAUUGAAGGAAUCCAUUAGAAUCAACCAAGCUAUGUAAUUACUACAGGUUAAUUGUAUGUUUUGGACGCUAAUACAUUAUAAUUGUCCAAUUCCCUAUUCAUUUUUUAAUUGGCCUAAAUUUUCCUUUUCACACAAGGAAGUUUAGCUACCGGGCAAGUAGGUGGCUGAUAAAGGUAAAUGUCAAGCCCUGAGCUGUGUAUUUUAAGUGUAAAAGCUCAACAUUUUGCAUCCUAUGCUGCUUAUGUUUCAUGCCAAUUAAAUUAACGAAAGGAAAAAGGCUGCUGGUGGGAGCAGGAAAAAGAAAUAAUUCUGUGAUGACCUGGAAUAGACAAACUGCAAAUGCGUUUGUCUACAUUGUAUUAGGACAGAGAAGUUUGGAUGAGAAGCAUGUGCAUGGAGAUGUAACAGAAGGCAACCUACUACAGAAGUCAUCCAUCAAGAAAGGAAGUAACCAAUGACUUGAGGCCUUGCUGUCCACGUCUUCUCUGAUUCAAAUUAUGUUUUCCAAACAGUUACUGGGCCACCAACAUUAACAUGUGAUAUUAGGGGAAUGACUCUCUUGAACACUUCAUCUUUAGAACAUUACCUUAUGACCUCUGGGCUUCUUGACCCCUGACUCUAACCCCUGGUCUGCUUUGGUAACAUUUCCCCUCACACUCCUACCAAAUUCUUGCUGGAAAGAUCAAAGGGCAAGAAGCCUGGAGAGAAAAGAUAGAUCUAAAAGUCUAAACUUCACUCAGGGAGAUGGUGGGAUUAAGGGAUAACACAGAUAAAAGGUUAUAUUCAUGAUAUAUUUAAUUCAAUUGUACAAUAUGUAGCAUAUAUUAUAUAACAUUUUAUAAAAAAGGGUUCUUCUGACUUGAAAACUUCUGCUUCUUAUAUAAUUAACAUCAGAGUGUAAAUAUUCUUUCAUAAUCUGGCUGUAAUUAUAACCCUUAUGAAAAAUGAAUAACACUUACUUGCAUCCAUCAACUUUAGAACCAAGGUGCCAUUUGAACUGCAUUGGUUUUAUUAGGGAACAUUGUGAAAGGCUAUUUUUGUUCAAUGUUUGUCUUUCCAGAGGCCCACUGGAUAUGGGACAAAGGACGUCCACUUAAAUUGCUGCUAAUAGCCCAGGUAAAAACCAUGAUUUCAGGCUCUAAUUACGUCCAUGUUCAAAUGCCAACUAAAGCAAAGCC